AUGGCUGUCAACUUGAUCGCGAGUGAGGCUUUCGGAUGUGGCCAUUAUGGCGGAUUUAGCACGUUUGUGCGUCGCCAUUCUAGCCAUGUAAAACCUCUUGCGCAAUAUGUUACCACAGUGCUUCGUGGUAUAUCCACUCCAUCGGCGACUCGCGCGAAAAAGCUAGCACUGGAUAGAGACGUCAUAGUUUCCGUUCUGGAGUCUUCUGCCACUAGAAGAGAUGCGAAAGGCUAUUUGCAAAAGUAUGCCUCCAGGUCGACCAAAACUAAGUCCAAUAUCAAGGUAUCUCGAUUCGUUCAGGACUCCAAAGUGCACCUGGAGGACGGAUUGCCUCGGCCAAAGAGACUCAUCAAUGUAGCCAUUGUGAAGCUGCGAAUGCCUCAUCAACUGCCGCAGGAUAUCCUUGAUGGCCUUGCGAAAACCCUCUCUCAGCUUCGCACUCUAGGCCUUUUAGCAGUUGUCAUUCUGGAUUGUGGUGUCGAGAAGAAGCGCCAAAUGAUUCAACUGGAGGCUUUGCGUUUAUGCCAGGCCAUAGACUCUUCGUCUGGGCAGGCAGUAGCGAAAUUAGCUGACAAUAUUUUUGUUCGGCGAAAAUUAGACGCCUCGAAGAGGAUCUCUCCAACCGUCUCAGGCGGCCUUCGUGUGGAUGAUUUAGGUCUCUUAUCCCAGGCCUUACGCCGCGACAUGGUUGUAGUAGUACCCUCGCUUGCACGGCCAGACAACCUAUCGUCCAACCAGGUAACCGAGGCUCACGGGGCAGUGCUUGCAUUGGCAACAUACCUCAGUGGCAAGCAAGCUACGAACGAGGACGAGGAUACGGGGGACGCAGGGAACACUACCAAUGGUCAAAAGUAUAACGAGUCAGACCUUAGCAACAUUACGUCAGUUGAAAGAGUGAUUCUUCUUGAUCCUCUCGGCGGAAUACCCACCCCAAGUCAGCCCAACAUUUCUCACCGAUUUGUCAACCUAGCACAAGAGUAUCACACGCUCAAUGACAAGCUCCUGAACCUCCAGGGAUCCAUCGGGCAUGCAGAGGAAGCAAAACUCACGGGGCUGACUCAUGCUGCAAAUCUUAGUCUUGCAAGAGAUGCCCUGCUCCUGCUCCCGCCCUCAUCCUCGGCCCUUAUCACCACACCAGAGGCUGCCGCCAACGUGCGUUCCAACUCUUUCCCCGGAAGAUCAGAUGCCACACCCACGCAGUCACCUUUUGAGUUUUAUGGGACGAUCACGACGAGGAAACUACAGAAUCCUCUGCUACAUAAUCUGCUCACAGAUCGGCCUGUGUUUUCACCGUCGUUACCCCUUCAGAGGCUCCGUGAUGACCAGCUACGGUGUAUUCAAUCGGUGAACUCUAGUAGUGCCACGCUGAUCAAGCGUGGUAUGCCUGUCACAGUAUACCCUAAUCCUUGGGCCAGCAGGUGGCAACCGCCGAGGCCGGGCUCCCGUCGCCUGCGGCUAACCGACAAGCGUAUUGAUCUCCCCAGAUUAGUGUAUUUAAUCGAGAACUCGUUCGGCCGCAAGCUUGAUGUCGAUGACUACCUUCACCGCAUCCACAAUAACCUAGCAGGCGUGAUUAUUGCGGGCGAGUACGAAGGAGGAGCCAUACUGACAUGGGAGAGACCGGGCAACAUAAGCGAUAUAGAAGCUUUUCGGAGCGGUAGAGUUGUACCCUACUUGGAUAAGUUCGCCGUUCUCAAGACUUGCCAAGGAAGCGCUGGCGUGGCCGACAUCGUGUUCAAUACAAUGGUCCAAGACUGUUUGCCAUCUGGGGUAUGCUGGCGAAGCCGGAGGGACAAUCCCGUCAACAAGUGGUAUUUUGAACGGUCAGCAGGGACAUGCAAAAUGUCAUGUUCCCACUGGACGAUGUUUUGGACAACGCUGGGAUUGGAUACCAGGCAUCAAAUGCGCCAGGACUAUGAAGCUGUUUGCCGAGCUGUACAACCGUCAUGGGCAAGCAAUAGCCAUGGCAUUGUGGAGUCGUAA